AUGCGAUCGCUGCAAGACCAGAAAAAGCAGAUGUGUGGAGGUGAUACCGGGAAGAUGGAGAGAUCGGCUUCUGUUCAAGAUACUGCGUCUAGUGCCCUCACUGAACCUAGCGUACUCACCACAUCAAGCACCAGCCAACCACAGCUACUACAAGAUAAUGUCAAUCAUAAUGAUCCGCUUUCUCCGGCAUCAGUCUUGUCCCAAAGGCUCGCCGAACAUGUUGUUGCAGGUCAAUCCAAAAGGGCCCCGUGGCCAAACAUCCUCUCCCGUCUGAGGGAGGCUUUCUCGCUAGAUAGAGAUGCUGCUCCCGAAGAAAGGGACAUGGUGGCCAUGCAGGCCCAUAUGAUGCGUUCAAAGGCACCUCAUCCAUCUGAGAUGGCAUGUUUACAUGCAGCAAUUGAUGCAUUUCCCCCACGGCCGGUUGCCGACUUCUUACUUUCGGUAUUCAUUAAACAUGCAACAGAUACAUUUUUCUAUUUGGACCAGGACCAAAUGCUGUCUGAUAUUGACCAAUUUUACAUGGACACCACCUCGCCGUUGAGAUCUGAUUUGAGCUUUGUCUGUCUUGCAAUGGCAACUUUCGCACUAGGCAGCCAAUGGACGCCACUAGAAAGACCAGAAGGAUUCGCAGUCAGCCUACAUCGGGAUAAUGGUGAUUUAGGCCAAGUGUUCUAUACCCAUGCCAAAACGCUUAUCCCCGACCUGAUUGACCGACCCUGUCUCCGAUCCAUUCAAGCGCCUUUUCUAUUAGGUGUCUACCUAAUGCCAGCGAGUGCCAUUGGAUCAUCCUAUAUCUAUAUGGGCUUGGCUUUGCGCAAAGCAAUGGCAUUUGAUCUCCAUCUUAACCCCGAGGAUCAAGCAGUUGAUAGUCGGGAGAGAGAGGUCCGGUGUCGGUUAUGGUGGUCAAUAUAUUCCCUCGAGAGAUGUACUACCGUCAAACUAAGCAGGCCUCGCUCUAUUGAUGCCAAUGUAAUCAAAGUGCCACAUCCAUCGCCUCUCCCGGCACUCGAUCGCCUACAAAGAUACAACAAUAUUCAAUUCCAGAUGGCGUACAGUCGUCUAAUCAAGAUCCUCGACCGAAUUGCCGAGCCAUGCGGCGCUGUCACCGGAGCGGAAGAGGAGUCCGAAUCCGAAGCCCUGGCCUCUGAGCUUCGACAAUGGAAGAAGUCUUUACCACCAGACUUCAAGCUUGACGACACGGACCCAAAAGACUCAAGAUACCGCACGAUCUUCCAUCUCUAUUUGAAUUACUACUAUGCGUGGAUAACCAUGGGAAAAGUCGCCCUCGUAACUGUCGCCCGAACGAGGCUUCGCUGUCAUAUGUUUCCUGAGUCGCGCCCUCCUGAUCCAAGCGAUGCUACGUUGAGGCAAUCUCGAUAUUGUGCAAAAGCAGGCAGAAAACUUCUCCUACUAUUCGAGGAUCUAACGAAAACACGCAACAUCACUCGUUUCUCCUUCACUGAUUUCCAGGGAUGCAGUAUUGCGACGAUCGUGGCACUAGUGGCUGGGAUUACGGAACGCGAUUCAGGAUACAAUGCUCGAGUGAAGUUUGGCUUAGAUUGCCUUCGGAGAAUGGCAACUGGGAACAUGACAGCCAAAUUGGGCGUGAACUUUGUGGAGGCUGUACAGUCGAUAACAAACGAGGCCGCGGAGAAGCUCCAUCAGGCGUCCUCUGCGGUCAACGAAACACAGAAUGUACAAGCUUCGGCGUCCAUAUCUGAUUACAACCAAUGGGCUGAAUGGCUUGCCAGACUGGAACAUCCUCGAGCACCAGAGCAAAGAACAAUCCAUGAGGUAGAGUCUUCUGUGCCGUUCUCACAUCCUGUACUGCACUCACAGUCAAACGAGAAUACGUCCGACUGGAAGACUGCUGGUGAACAGUAUACCUCUGAAAGCCCAAACCCGCAAAACCUAGCAUAUGACUCAACGAUGCUGCGUGAGUUCCAGCCUAUAGAGCAUGACCCUCUUUCGGGACUCCAGAGUGAUGAUCCAACGUUUCUCAUGGGCUUGACUGGGAUCGACGUCCUAGACUUUUCUGGGUUUACAUAA